AUGAAAGGCAUGCAGAAUUUAUCAGGAAAAUCAACAGAGACAGGAUUUGUAGAUAACAAAAUAAAGAUCUAACAUAAAUCGUUUUAGGAAGGACAUUUAGAGAUUUUAUAGAAUCUUACAGCUUCUAUAGUUGGAAAAUCAAUCAUAGUUGAAGCAUAAAGAAUAGUUAAAGUUUUGGAUCAAUUAAUUGAAGACAUAGAAUAUUGUAUCUAUUUAGAUACUGAGUUGAUUACUCGUUUUUCAAUAAGUAAGUUUUAAAAGGAUGAAAAGCUGUAACUUACUGAAGAAACUAUUAAAAUAUUACAAAGAUAAGCAGAACUUGAAUAAAAGUUUAGGUAAUAUGCAAAUUUACAGACCGCAAUUGGUUAAGGAGAGGAAAUGGAAGAAUCGAAAAAAGUUGAAUCUGAUAGGUUGGAACAAGCACUUUAAGAAAAUUUCAAGAUUUUAAGGAGAAGGAUGUAGCAUAUUCCAAAGGAGUUCGAAAUAUUAAAAAGUAUGAAGAAAAAUGUGAAUAACGAACUAAACGACUAUUUACAUGGGGUAAAGUGCUUAAGGACCUUAAUGCUCAAAAAAUUGAGUAUUACAUAAGCAGAAAAGAGCAUUUAAAUUAAACAGUUUGAAAACAUUAAAUCGAAUGUAUAUUUCAUAUAUAAUUUUAGAUAGAGGAACAAGAAAAGACAAAACUAUAUUUAGAAUAAGAUUUAUACAAAUUAAAGCAAUAAAACUCCAGAAAUUUAGAAGAGAUGAAGGAAUAGGCUGAGAAAUUAAAAUAAGGCUUAAAUAAUUUGAAAAUCGAAAAACAAUAAAACACUGAUAGCAUCAAAAAUCAGAUAAAAUCUCAAUUUUAGUACCUUGAAAAGAAUUAGCAAACAAAAAUAAAUGAAUUGUAGACAGAACUCUAGAUAUUGAAAUAAAAAUUCAAUAAAUUAAAAGAUGAAAAUACUUAAGAGGAAACUAAAUUAAAGAGAAUUAAGUAAAUAUAAGAAUAAGGUUUAACUGAUGGUGUAUAAAACUACGAUUUGGUGAUGGAGGAAUCAUCAUAAAAAUUACAAGAAUUACAAUAAGAAUGCUCAGAAAUAGAGUAAUAAUUAAGAGAUAGAAAAUCAUAUUUUGCAAUAGUUGAUUCUCAAAAAAGAUAGGAGUAAGAGUUAGAAGAAAAGUUUAAAAAGUUAAAAGGUGCUCAUUAUAUUGAAAAAGAGAAGAAAAUGGAGGCAGCAAAACAUAUUCAAGGAUUUUUUAAAUCCUAUUAAUGUAUAAUCUUAAUAUAUUGUUAGCUUCAAUAAAAAAGCCGAAUAAACCAAAGCAACAAUGA